AUGCUUCACGGUUCUGACCGAGUGGUGCCUAAUUGGAAUGCAUUCUCCGAGGCAUUCAUUGGGAAGUUCUUCUCUGCAGCUGCCCGGGAGCAGAAGUUAGUUGAAUUUCGGAACUUGCGUCAAGGCAACAUGACAAUCGAGCAAUAUGAAGCGGAGUUUGCAAGGCUGUCUAAGUAUGCUCCGCGGAUGGUUGAUAAUCCUUUGGAUAAGGCAAGAAGAUUCAGAGAUGGGCUACAACCUGACCUCCGUAGCCAACCGGUGGCUUUGGACCCGCAGAACUAUGAGGAGCUAUAUAGGCGGGGCCAACUGAUUGAAAGGGACAUGAGGGAAAGAAGGAAAAUCGCCCCUGGACCGCGGUUCGUUCCUCGGAGGGACAAUCGUAACUUUGGGAAGAGGCCAAUGAUGAACAACAGGCGAUUUGUUCAUCCAGUGAAGAAAGGAAUUGGGAAGCCGACUCGCCCGAACAACCGGAACUGGCUGUCUCUCGUGGAAGGCGACAUGGAAAUGGACCUUGCCCCGGCCGAGGAGGUGCCUGUUUCGAGAUGUGGCAAGAUGGGCCACCAUGUCGAGCAAUGCACCGAGAAAGCUCCUAGGAGAUUUUCCACAAGAUGGUAA